UAUGUUUGUUCAAAUAUGAUGGAUUUGGAUGGAAGGACGAAAUUUUUGAAGCAGCGAGAUGAAGAAAGGAAAAAGCGCCAAGCAGAAAAGUUGAAUUCGCAAAGAAUUAUUCGUUUACAGGCUUUGGCUAGAGGAUGGUUAUUCAGAAAGCAUUUCAAUAGACAAAUAAGAAGGAAAUUUGAUUCGUUGUUCGGUCAAUUUGUGGAUUUGGAGAGGGAUAAAAAAGUUUUAGUUGAAUGUUCCAUGUUUUUUAACUCAACAGCCAGCUGUUUUUGGUGUAAAUUUGAUAAUUUUACAAAUUUAAUUCAGAGAUUGUGUCAACUUUGUCGUUAUAUUGUUUUGAGUAUUUCAUUGACAAAUGUAAAAUAUUCAUUUGUUUCACUUUUCCUAUCAAAACAACAUAUUCAUGCUGCAAAUCAUCUUGUGAUUAAUAUUUUUUCGAAUAUUUUAUUAAUUAUAAAUGAAUUACAGAUUGAGAAGAUCGCUGAUGGCAAAAUAAUUUCAUUAUUUGUGCAUUUCAUGAUAAUUUUUCUUAAUUGCAACAGUUGGGCUUUGAUUCAUGAUAAUACGCAGAUAUGUGCAACAUUAAAUCAAAUGUGCAAUAAAAUUUUUAGCUCUGCAUUCAAUGAUCCUUUAAAAUAUUCUAAAUUAUCGGUAGUUCUUGAAAGAAUAGUUGCGUCAGGUCGUCUUCUUCUCACUUCAAGUGUAUUCAAUGGAAUUUUCAAUAUUUUCUAUAGAAUUUUAAAAAAUGCCAGUUUUUCAAAUGAAGCACUUGUUCUUUUCAUACAAAAAUGUCUUUCUUGCCCUACUCUGUUAAUAUAUCUGUCAAAUGCCAAUAUCGAUUUACUUGUACAAAACCGUGUAUUUGUUAAAGCACUUCAUGUAUUAUCUCUGAAAUCGGAAAUACUAUCGGAUAUGAGUGGAAAUCACGGUCUUUUUUUGCUCGCCAAUCUUGUACAUCUCAGUUAUUUGGACCAAAAUGGUUUAGUCGAGAGUUUAUUUGAUUGGACACAUGUAAUGAAUCAAAUAUUGAUAAGAUGUGACAAAUUUGCUGUAAAAAAGAAAGGAAAUCGAAGCCACUGGCAUUCUAUAUUGGGAUGGUUUUCCGAACCUAUUGAUCGAAGUACGGAAGGUUCAUUGCAAAUGGUUUCAAAACAGUUGCAAUAUCUUUGGUCAAAACCAGUAGUUUGUUGUUUAUUUGAUAAAGUUCUACAUUAUGAUCAAGACAGUAAUCAUGCUGUAAAUUCAUGCUCAAACCAGCAAUCACAUGUUGACUUCACUUCAUCUAUUCAAAAAUUGUUAAAAAAAUUAAAUAUUGUUGGAACUGAGGCUCAGUUAAAUGUAUCUGGUGCCUUACCGGUAUUGUCAACAACAGCUGUCGUUUGUGAACUCUAUCAGAGUGCUUUAUUAACACUAAAAACACUUCGAGCAGACAUUCUUGCAGGACUUUGUCGAGAGGAUUUUCUUUUGCCUCAAUUGUGGGAAUAUAUUGUAAGCUUGUCUCCAUCUGACAAUGGUUUGUCUUAUCAUUUAUCACUACUUCAUUCUUAUCCGUCUGUUUCUACUCACUUUGCGCCUUUGAUACUUUUCGCGAAUCUUGCUUUUUCUGUUAUUUCAAUUUUGGAUGAAAAGGAAAUGUACGAGAAAGAUUUUGACCAGUGGUCUUCUUCACAACUUUUUAGUUCUAUUUACCAGUUGUGUAUGCUCUUAUACAAUCGUGAUUGCCGUCGACAAUUCACAAAAGAUCAUAAAUUCUGGAUUGCACCGUUUGUUUCAUUCCUUUUUUCAUUCCAAAAUGUUUCAAGAGAUGUCAAAAGUGUUACCAUAAUGAAUGAAUUUGAAAAAGGUAUUAGUCGAGCAGUUUUCCUUAUUUCUCGAAUGAGCCAUUUGGUUGUUCUUCACGAACGGAUAAUUCUUUUUAGGAAGUAUGUUGCUUCAGAAAAAGAAUCUUUAGAAAACGCUGCGAGCACAAUGAUUAGUGUUCAAAGAAAUAGAUUGCUUGAAGAUGGUUAUCGGCAACUUUCAAUGCUAUCAAAUAAUCUUAUUAAAGGAACCAUACGUGUUAAAUUUGUCAAUCAACAAGGUUUGGAUGAGGCGGGGAUUGAUCAAGAUGGAGUAUUCAAGGAAUUUUUGGAAUUAAUUAUGAAAAAAGUUUUUAAUCCAGAUCUCAACCUUUUCAAGAAUUCUGUUGAUGGACGGCUUUAUCCAUCGCCUACUUCAAACUUUCAUGAAAAUCAUCUUGAUCUUUUCCAGUUUAUUGGCAAAAUUUUGGCGAAAGCUGUAUAUGAGGGUAUUGUGAUCGAAGUUCACUUGGCACCUGUAUUGCUUGCCACAGUAUUGGGACGAAAAUUAUGUGCAUUCGACGAACUUUCUCAACUUGAUCCCGAUCUUUACAAAAGCUUGAUGUAUGUUAAACAUUAUGCUGAUUCUGGUGACGUAGCUGAUCUCUCGCUCACUUUCUCUAUCGAUGAAGAUGUCUUAGGACGUGUGAAAACGGUCGAUUUGAUCCCGGGGGGUCGUACUGUACAAGUUACUAACAUGAAUAGAAUCGCUUAUGUACACAAAAUGGCGCAUUACCGAGUAUUUAAUCAAACCAAAGAACAAUGUCGAUCUUUCGUUUCGGGAUUUCAGUCGAUCUUAAAUGGAAAUUGGCUAUCAUUAUUCGCUCCUCACGAAUUACAAUACCUUAUAUCUGGCCAGACAUCAGAUAUCGAUCUGCAUGAUCUGAGGAAACAUGUUCAAUAUUACGGUGGUUUUCACAACAAUCAUCGUUUUGUGACGAGUUGUUCUCAUGCUCCGUUACUUGGUUUUGCGUACCUUGAACCGAAAUUUUCCAUUCGUUGUGUUGAAGUAUCCGAUGAUCAAGAUCAGGGUGAUACAUUGGUUAGUGUUGUUCGUGGAUUUCUUGCUAUCAAGCGCCAUAAAUCUCCUACUCGUCUACCAACGGCAUCAACAUGUUUCAAUUUAUUGAAAUUACCAAAUUAUAAUAAAAAGUCGGUUCUUUUGCAAAAAUUGAGGUAUGCGAUUCAUUCAGAAACUGGGUUCGAAUUGAGCUGA